CGGGGGAGGGAGGGGCGGAGAAGGGGGGGGGAGAGGGAGGUCCCGGCGCCUCCGCGCUCGCUCCCGCUGGGCACUCGCGGCGCAGCCGGCCCGGGCGGCGCUGGGGACAGCGGCCGCAGCGUCCUCCCUCCGGCCGUGCGCGCGGCUCAGCUCCGAGACUGCGCCCGCGGGGUGGGGAGCGGUGAGGGGACCGCGGCGCGCGGGAAGGGGCGGGCAGCGCGCUCCUGCGGCGGCCGCGGCGGCUGUGCUCAUCCCGGCGGCGGCGGCCCAGCGCUCGAGUGGACGCGCGGCUUCGCAAAUGGCUUGUCCCGCGCUCGGUCUGGAAGCUCUGCAGCCCCUGCAGCCCGACCCGCCCCCCGAGCCCGCCUUCUCCGAGGCGCAGAAGUGGAUCGAGCAAGUAACUGGCAGAAGUUUUGGUGAUAAAGAUUUUCGGACUGGAUUAGAAAAUGGAAUCCUUCUCUGCGAGUUGCUGAAUGCAAUAAAGCCAGGACUUGUUAAAAAGAUCAAUAGAUUGCCUACCCCCAUUGCAGGAUUGGAUAAUAUUAUCUUAUUCUUGAGAGGUUGUAAAGAACUCGGCCUGAAAGAAUCUCAACUCUUUGACCCGAGUGACCUCCAGGACACGUCCAACAGAGUAACAAUCAAGAAUCCUGAUUUUACUAGGAAGCUGAAAAAUGUAUUAGUUACCAUUUACUGGCUGGGGAAAGCUGCAAACAGCUGUACUUCCUACAAUGGAACUACACUGAACCUGAAGGAGUUUGAAGGAUUGUUGGCUCAGAUGAGAAAGGAGACUGAUGACAUUGAGAGUCCUAAACGCAGCAUCCGAGACAGUGGUUACAUUGAUUGCUGGGAUUCUGAGCGCAGUGACUCCCUUUCCCCUCCUCGCCACGGCAGGGAUGAUUCCUUCGACAGCCUGGACUCCUUUGGCUCCCGCUCCCGCCAGACACCUUCACCAGAUGUAGUGCUCAGGGGAAGCAGCGAUGGGAGAGGAAGUGAUUCUGAAUCUGACUUGCCACAUCGGAAGCUUCCAGAUGUGAAGAAAGAUGACAUGUCUGCACGGCGGACUUCCCAUGGUGAGCCAAAAUCAGCAGUGCCUUUUAACCAGUACCUCCCGAACAAAAGCAACCAGACAGCCUACGUCCCUGCUCCUCUGAGAAAGAAGAAAGCAGAGCGAGAGGAAUAUCGGAAGAGCUGGAGUACUGCUACCUCCCCCCUGGGCGGGGAGCGGCCCUUCAGUUAUCCUGAAACUAUAGAGGAGGAGGGAAGUGAAGCAGGUGAAGAAGACCCAGUUGGCCAAAUGCAUCCAGGGGCCCAGCCUUGUAAUGCUGGGCUAGGAUCACCUCACAGCAAUGGUAAGGAGUGGCCGCCUGCAGAGGGAACUGUGGUGGCACCAGCUCCCAAGUCUGAAGACAAAGAUGCUACUGAAAUCCAAAAACGCAGAAGGCUAGAGCAAGCUGGAAUCAAGGUUCUGCCUGCAGCACGGCGUUUUGCCAGUCAAAAGCAAUUAAGUGAAGAGAAAGAAGCUAUUCGUGAUAUUAUCCUUCGCAAGGAAAAUUCCUUCCUGACCAACCAACAUGGCAAAGAUUCAGAGUUGGAAGAGGAAGUCACAUGCCGACUGCCUGACCUUGAGAAAGAUGACUUUGCUGCAAGGAGAGCAAGGAUGAACCAAACUAAGCCUAUGGUGCCAUUGAGUCAACUCCUGUAUGGACCUUAUCGAAGAAGAGAUGCAGAGAAGUCAGCUGGCAACAAACAACUCUCAAAGGGAGUUUCAGAAAAGAAAAGUCUAGAAUGUAAAAGAAGCCAGGGCCAAACAGAAGAGGUGAAGUCAGUUGUGACCUGUGUUAUCCGAGAUCAGGAGAGUGAACCAGUGGAGGAGGGGCUCAGGAAGGUUCCAGACCCCUACAAGGAUGACCUGGCCCAGCGGAGAAUUCAGGGCAGCCUUGCCCCUCACCGCGAGGCUCUGAGCUUCAUCACACUCUCCACUAUUACUGAAGCCGACUUGGAGACAUGGGAGAGGCUGAAAGUGUCAGAAAAGACGAGGGAUGGAGAUGCUCAGCACAUCUGUGCCCCUGAGCCUUCACCAGAAAUCAAUGCAGAAACUGCCAUCCGUGAUGACUUUGCCAUCCGCAAAGCCAGUGCCUAUACAAAAACUUCCAGCCCGAGGCAAAAGUUUGUGCACUUUGGGCCAGUGACAGAGAUAGAUCAGCAGAAAUGGAGGCGGCUCAGCAUUGGCAUGGCUGGGCCUAGGGAGGUUGUAGAAGAAGUUGCCAAUCAUGACCGCAAGAUUCAAACUUACUCUGUGUCCUCUGCCUCGGAGGCUACUUCCAGCUUAAAGGAAGAUCAAAUGCUUAAUCCACAAAAUAACUCCAGCAACAGGAUUGUGAAUUCUGGCUUAGUCGAUUGCAAAAGAAGGGUCUUGUGGCUAGCUCCUGUGCCAGAGUCUCAGGAGGAGCAGGUCUACAGCUUGGCCAAGGGCCCAAGGAGGCCAGAACAAGUUACAUCCAAACAGCUACCACAGGAUGACAAAGAAGGAAAUGAAGGAGUUUCUCAAAGGGAUUCUGUGAUGCCACCAAAGGCAGAAAGAUCAGAGGCACUCAGCCAGCCCCUAUACGGUUCAAGAACUCCUGUGUCAGAUGACGCAGAGAGCACGAGUAUGUUUGACAUGCGGUGCGAGGAGGAGGCCACGGUGCUGCCGCACAGCAGGGCCCGCCAGGAGCAGCUGCAGCUGAUAAAUAACCAGCUGAGGGAAGAGGACGACAAGUGGCAAGAUGAUCUGGCUCGAUGGAAGAAUCGGAGAAGAAGUGCUUCUCAGGACUUAAUCAAGAAAGAGGAAGAAAGGAAAAAAAUGGAGAAGUUAUUGGCUGGAGAAGAUGGGAAAAGUGAACGAAGAAAAAGUAUCAAAACCUACAGAGAAAUCGUUCAAGAAAAGGAACGGAGAGAGAGAGAGUUGCAUGAGGCGUAUAAGAAUGCGAGGUCCCGGGAGGAGGCAGAGGGGAUACUUCAGCAGUACAUCGAAAGGUUCACCAUCAGUGAGGCUGUCCUUGAACGCUUGGAGAUGCCAAAAAUUCUGGAAAGAAGCCAUUCAACAGAGCCAAACUUAUCCUCCUUCCUGAAAGACCCCAACCCCAUGAAGUAUCUGCGGCAACAGUCACUGCCUCCACCCAAAUUCACUGCCACUGUUGAAACCACCAUUGCUCGUGCCAGUGGUCUGGAUACCAGCGUGUCAGCAGGCAGUGGGUCUCCAAGCAAAACUGUCACUCCCAAAGCAGUGCCUAUGCUGACCCCCAAGCCUUACUCCCAUCCCAAAAACUCUCAAGAGGUUCUGAAGACCUUUAAGGUAGAUGGGAAAGUCAGCAUGAAUGGAGAGACAGUCCAUGGAGAUGAGGAGGAAAAAGAAAAAGAGAAUUCUGCAGUGGUGCCUGGCCCCUCCUUAACCAAAUCCCAGAUGUUUGAAGGGGUGGCCAGAGUGCACGGGUCCCCAGUGGAGGUGAAACAGGACAAGAACAGCAUUGAGAUCAACAUCAAGAAGCCAAAUUCUCUUCCCCAGGAACUGACAGUAACCACUGAGGAAACUGAACAGAACACCCAAGAUGAUGAAAAUGAUGGUGAACAAGCAAGAAAAGGAAAUGCAGAGCUUUCCUCAUCAGAGUCACAGCAUUUUACGACCACUGUGACUCGAUGCAGCCCAACCGUGGCCUUUGUGGAAUUCUCCUCCAGCCCCCAGCUAAAGAGCGAUGUGCCAGAAGAAAAAGAUGGGAAGAAACCAGAAAAUGAGAUGAGUGGAAAGGUGGAGUUGGUGCUGUCCCAAAAGGUGGUAAAGCCAAAAUCCCCAGAACCAGAAGCAGCUCUGAUGUUUCCAUCUCUGGACAAAAUGCCUGAAACCAACCAACUGCAUUUGCCAAAUCUUAAUUCUCAAGAGUCGUCUGGCACAGCCAGUGUUCCGCUUAGAGUUCAGAACUCUUGGCGACGUUCCCAGUUUUUCUCCCAGUCAGUGGAUUCUCCAAACAGUGAAAAGUCACCUCUAACUACACCUUUUAAGUUCUGGGCAUGGGACCCAGAAGAAGAGCGGCGGCGACAGGAAAAAUGGCAGCAGGAGCAGGAACGUUUGCUUCAGGAGCGAUACCAGAAGGAGCAGGACAAGCUAAAAGAAGAGUGGGAAAAGGCCCAAAAGGAGGUGGAAGAAGAAGAACGCAGAUACUAUGAGGAGGAGCGUAAGAUAAUUGAAGACACUGUGGUGCCAUUUACUGUUUCUUCAAGUUCUGCAGACCAGCUGUCUGUGUCUUCCUCUAUCACUGAAGGCAGCAGGACCGUGAAUAAGACAGAUUUGGAAAACUGUCAUGAUGAAGAAAGAGAGAGAAAACAGAAGGAACCACUCCAGGGGAAUGAUAAUGACAUAUUGCAUCAAACCAAGGAAAGUGAUCUGCUGGAGGAGAAGGGCAGCCCAUCACAAGGGCCAUGGACUCCUUCUGAGAAUUCUGCAUCCAAAGGAAUCCAUCAGGUCCAUCAGCUGGAUACAGAGGUUGGGGCCCCAUUCGGUGGGACAAACCCACAGCUAGUUCAGGAUCCAUCCCAGAAUCAGCAGGUACCAAACCCAACAACAUACAUGUCAGAAGAUGUGAAGCCAGAAACCCUCCUGCUGCAUAAAAACCUUAACCAUCAGAUUGAGUCUCCAAGUGAAAGGCAGAAGAAAGGCCCUCGAGAGAACUUCCAGGCUGGGCCCUUGUCCCCCUGUUCUCCCACCCCUCCUGGCCAGUCACCAAACAGGUACAAGAGGUCUAUAAGUGGGAAGAAACUGUGCUCUUCCUGUGGGCUUCCAUUGGGUAAAGGAGCUGCGAUGAUCAUUGAGACCCUCGAUCUCUAUUUUCACAUCCAGUGUUUUAGGUGUGGAAUUUGUAAAGGACAGCUUGGAGAUGCAGCGAGUGGCACUGAUGUCAGGAUUCGAAAUGGUCUUCUUAACUGUAAUGAUUGCUACAUACGAUCCCGAAGUGCUGGCCAACCUACAACAUUAUGAUGUGGUUUUCAAGCUUUCAGAUCAUUAACCAUUACUUUAUCAAAGGUGUCCCCUGGCAAGUGCUUAACAAAAUCCCAAGUUCAGGGGCUACUCAGCAUUCAUCUGAUUUCUGAAAGGCUCUUCUGAAAGGUGGUGUCUGUUCUUUUGUAGCAGUGUUUGUGUUUUCCUGGGGGGGGGUGGUUGUUUGUUUUGUUUUGUUUUGUUUUUUGCAUUUGCACAGUAUAUACAAAGGAAUAUUGAAUUGUAAUGAUCUUGAAUAGUUCAAAAAGGGGUUUUAACAUGAUCAAACAGGCUUACCAUUUAAAAUGUGUUACUCUCUUCUUUGGGAAUUAGCUAAAGGAUGCAAUAAACCUGUUGUGUUUUAGUAUUUCUAGAUAUUAAACACUUUAUGUUUACAGAAUUGAGCUGCAGAAAGUGCAAGACAUGCCAAUUUUAGUGGUCUUCUAAGACAGGAGCAUAAAUUUAAUGCAUUUCAGAAGAACUAAACAUCACAAUGAGCUCUAUCUCUGAGCUAUAACUUGUUUUUAAUUCAGAGACACUCGUCUGAUAAUAUAUACUGUAAUCCUGAAAACAUUUGUGUUACUUACAUUUUGAGGUAGAAAUUAUACCAAUAAAUUAUUGCACUGUUAGUAUUAGAUUUUGUGUACCUUGGAAGUUACGUCAUUAAUAUCGGCUGGUUCGUCAAACACAGAGGACCCUUGCAAUAUUGGCUAGACUUAUACUCGGGGACAUUGCCCAAGGGUAGGAAGAAACCAGGGGGAAAUAUUUCAGUGAUCAUCUCCAAACUUAAUUAUGAAAAUCUGUGAGGAAGUUUAAUCUUCCAAAGAGUGGCAGGUCAAUGGUAGUCGUGAGGCCUGCUUCAUGGUGGCUUGCUUCUCUCUGAGCACUGGAUUAGGAAUCUUCAAUAAGGGGCUCAUAUAAGGUGUGUGGGAUGUGAAGCAUGGAGCUAAAUCUGUCAUUAGUUGUGACCACUGCUCACCCUUGAGGGCCACAUGCACAGGUAUUCAAGGAAAAACAUGAAGUCCAUGCUAAGAGAAUUCAGACGACACAAUAUAAUAAGCCACUGUGUGUGACCAGCAAGAAGCUGCCGCUCAGAUUGUGCCCUGUCUACUCUAAUGAAAACAUAUGCACCUUCAUUUUCCAUCACCUUCCUUACUAUGAAGAAUUCUGGACUUUGCUCAUGGAGUUUAGAAAGGAACUUUUGUGGAGACCUGGCUUAUUUUUCUGCCCUGCGUGAUAAGUUUCAGCCAGACGAGAAAGAAAUCAAGUGACUAAAAACCAUCACAAUUUGCAUCUCCAGGCUAUUUUCUUUAAGACUGGGGAAAGGGGGACUAUUUAUUCUGCCUUAAAAUGAUGGCAAAUCAGUGAAGAUAACAUUUUGUGAAUGUAGACUAUGGAUACACCCCUAGUAGGUUAAUGUAGUCAUAAAAAAGAGAUCAAGUAGAUAUGUUUCUGUUAUGUAAGCAAUACUUUCUGUGUGUCUUAUUGAGUAUGGCUAGCAAUUAUUUAUUUCCAUGCUAGAUGGUCCUUUGCAUGUGGGUUCAUGUAGGCGCAGAAAUUUCCUCAGCCACUGGAGGUAUUUUGACCACUUUAUCAUUUGGACGAGCUGUUAUUGGAUUGAAAUUUACACAUCAUUUCAUUAAAAAAUUGUGCCUUAGAAAAUGCAAAGCUGUUGCACAUAGUCAGAAAUGAAUUAUGGAUGCAGUACAUUGAAGAGAUGAAGUCACUUCCAAAUUCCCAUGACUUCUCAUGGAGGUGUUUGCUGUUUUACAGGGAAAAAUAAUGAAAAAGAAAAAAAUUCCUAAAAUUUUUAAAUUGUACAGAUUAAGUCCAAUAUUUUGAUUAACCACCUGCAUGUUUUAUUAAAUAUUUUGAUAAUGUGGAUGUUUACACUUUGCAUGAUACUAGCAGAGUACUUUACCACAAAUGAUGCACAAAACAUGUACAAUAUGGUCAUUCAUAACCAAUUUUUAUAGAGUACCUUUUACAUGUGGAAUUCCAUCCAUUAUGUAAGGAUUAUAUGAAUAUUGCACAUUCUCUUCUGGUUUCACACACCCAUUUGUACAUAUUUCUUAGUGAGACUCAUUGUACAUGUAUUGAAGCCAGAAGCAAGUCAAGAAAGAUAAAGCCGCAUCCUCCAACUGCAAAACAUGCUUUCCCAUAAUGAACACUAGUCACCAGCACAGAAUAAUCUCCAACAUUUUCUAAAUUCUAAUUGCCAACUGUUUCUAUUUCUAUUUGAUUUAUAUAUCAUUUAGAGUCAGUUACAUGGCAGCUUAGGCAGAGUAGAUCUUGUUUUUUCCAGUGCAGCAUAAUGAGUAUGAUCUAUUUCUUUUCAAAUAAUCUUUGAGAUCCCAGGAAAAAAAAAAUGCUGUACUCUGUGGAGCUAUAAUGCAAAUGUGUUUGUUUAAAAAACAGAUGAGGCAAGUGAGUGAUUUAUUGUUUCUAAGGAAGUAUAUCUGAUUUUUUUUCCUCAUACUCCAAAAGCUAGUCUCUUUUCUUUCCUAAGAAAAAAAUGGAUAACUCUGUUUUUCACUAGCAAACUUUCAUGACGUUUCUUCGUUCUUUCUAUGUAGUGUUAUUAAUGCAAUGCAUAUUCUAGUUAUCUAUACACAGCUUAAGAUUUAACAAACUGAAAUGAUCCACCUCAUAUAUGAGUCCGUCCAAAAGAUGUUACUGUCCUGGGUGGGCCAAUAUUCUAUAUCACUUACACUAACUUUCAUUUAUAAUAUUUAUUCUAAAAUGCCUCUGAGAAAUAGUAAAAACAAAAGCAAAAAGUUGUCUAAAAUGCACAGCUUUUAUAGAAAAUGUACAUUUAUAAAUAAACACUCAAAUCAA